AUCUGGUACUCAUCUUCCGAGUGUUGAUUUAGUGAAGCUGGUGUGCUCGUGCUUCGCUUUCGGAGAAAAGUAUUCUCCGGCGACGACUUAACCGCCCUGAAUCGUCGGAAAACUGUCCGGAACUACGGCCACGUUCUGAAUUGAGUUAAGAGGAAGAAAGGUGAGAGGCUUUGUGUUUGUGAAUCAAUCUGAGUUAGUAUUUCUGCGAGGUUAGAUCGAAUCUCGUUGUUCCGGUGAGGAAAAUGGGGGUAAAAGUUGCGACGACGUGUUUGCAUUGGUCGCAACAUUCAGUUCCACACUCGCCGCCUCAUCCUCACGUCCAUGCCGCAAUGAUUUCAUCUCUCCCGAAACGACGCGGUUUUGUGAGCGGCGAAAGAUCUGUGGUUUGCCGGUUCGUGCACAGGUUGGAAAGAUCGGCGUUUCUCGGAGCCCCGCCGACGACGACGAAGCUCUCCCGGUCCCGAUCCUGCGAGUUUCUCAAGCCCCCCGCACAAACCACCAUAAGACGUGCUUGCAGUGCCAGCCUAGAAGAUUCUUUCUCGGACGAGGAGUUUACUAGGAGAAUUGAAGAGUUGGCUUUGAGUUUCCAGCGAUGGGAUGAUGAAGAAACCUUAAAUUCAAGCUCUAGCGAUGGUGAGGAAGAAGAAUUCGUGACCGGUUCCAGUGAAGCAGCGUGCCGGAGCAGUGAUGAGUGUACUAAUGGUGGCAUGUUUUUGGAGAAUCAGAAAUUUCAUGAUCAAAUAGAGCCUCCGGAUUGGGCUAGAAGGGAGGAAAUUAUGAGGAAGGCAAAUAGUAUGGAUUUUCCACUAUCUCUGCGGAUUAUUAAGAGUAAAAAACAAUGGCAAGAUGGGUUGACAGAAGUAGGAGAGUCCACAUAUUGCUCUGUGAAGAAAGCUUUUUCCAAUAUGGUGUUCAUAAUCCGGGAGCUCCAUAGCUAUUCUUUGAAGAUGAGAGAAAUCCUGUUCUAUGAAGAUCUACAGGAGAUUUUGGUGAGAGUUCAGAAAGAUUUGAACGCAUCUUUUGUGUGGUUAUUCCAGCAAGUUUUCUCACAUACACCAAGCUUAAUGAUGUCUGUGAUGAUACUGCUGGCAAAUUUUAGUGUUUAUUCUAUGGCGAGUAGUUCUGCUUUUGCCGCCACCCCUCCACUGGAGGCUUAUACAGUCGCCACCACCGAGGAGAUUUCUAUGGUGGAAGAUAGGAGUGAUGUAAAUCAAAAGUUCGAUUUUUCGGCCUCUAGGACCUUCUCGGUGUCCUCUUCAAAUGGGAAGAGUGUGUCAAUAGGUGGAAACAAUGGCGGUGGGGGGAAAUUCAGGCCAGUUGCCGGUGGUACAGAUGGUGAUGGGAGGUUUGAUGGGGCAAUUGUUGUUGAUGGGACGUCUUCAGUCGGCAACUCUACUAGUACUGGUGAAGAAGAAGCAGUUUCUGGGGAAGAAGAAGCAGUUUCUGGGGAAGAAGAAUUGAGGCUGUGGAACUCAAUUGAGGAUGAGGCUAACAAAAUGCAGUCUGAGUUAAGAGAUGAGGCUUUGGAUCAUGAGACUAUGAUGAGAUUUGUAUCACCAAUAAAUGCAAAGAUGGAGUCUGAUGAUUGUGUGGAUUAUUUUAGAACAGAGUUGCUUUAUCAAACCGGAAUCGCCCAAGAACCCAACAAUGCCCUUUUGCUCGCCAAUUAUGCUCAAUUUCUUUACCUCGUUGGUCAAGACUAUGACAGAGCAGAUGAAUACUUCAAAAGAGCUGCAGAGGUGGAGCAUAAGGAUGCAGAGGCAUUGAACAAAUAUGCAACUUUCCUUUGGAAAGCUAGGAAUGACCUUUGGGCUGCAGAAGAGACCUUCCAGGCAGCCAUAGAUGCUGAGCCUACUAAUUCCUUCUAUGCAGCUAAUUAUGCUCAAUUUCUCUGGAACACUGGCGGCGAAGACACAUGCUUUCCUCUCGACUCCCUUGAUGAAAAUGACGACAUUUGAUCCCAAUCAACAGAAAUAAACGAAGAAAAACAAGGAGAGGAAUAAGGGGGAAGAAAGCAAUGCUUUAUUGACAAAAUGCUAUUAGGAAAUGAAGAAGAUGUAGACCAUCAUCAUUUCUUUUCUGCAUGGGCUGUUACAAAAGGCAUUUGCCUUUCAGUUUCAGUUACUAUCCAUCUUUCAAAAGCUCGUAAGAUGGGGAUGGUGAAAGCAUGAAAUUCUUGGUUCGGAAAUGCGUUAUAAACCACAAAGGCUGAUGAUGGCUGGAGCCUGUUCUAUCA